AUGAUAGAAUAUCAAGAUUAAUGUGAGGAGCAUCCAUAAUUUCCUAUUUCAAUGGUUUGUCUGAAUCCUAAGAUAUUUCCUUAAAGAAAAAUAUGUUGCUAAUGUUUAAUAUCUUUUGAUAAGAAAAAUCAAUUAAAAGAAAAUGAAUUAAUAUCUAUUCAAGAGUUUUAUAAGAGGCUAGAAUAAUUAGUCAUUAAAAUCAAUGAUGCUUAGAAGGUUGAAUAAGCAAUUUUUGAAUCGUUGAAUAAAAUGUUGAAGGAGUGCAAAGCCAUCCUAGAUUAACAAAAUUUGAAUUUAAUUCAAUUAGAAAUUAAAAAGUUAAUCUCAGGAGGUAUAAGACCUUUAAGUUAUAGUGAACUAAAAUUUUAUUCCAAUGUUUUGGUUCAUGAUUUUUAAUAGAAAUAAUAAAUAAUAGAAGAAUUAAAAAAGAGUUUAGAUUCUGCUUCAAACAACAUCUAGAAUGCUUUUCUAACAUAUUAAAAGAACAAUUCUAUCAAGAUUUAAGUUAAUAUAAAGAGGUAUGAUUAAGGUUAAAUUAAUGUAACACUUCCUAUUCAUUAAAAAAUUCAGGAUUUAAAAUUGGAGUUUGGCUAAAAGGAUGAUUAAAUUUCUUUAAAUUGUGAAGAAAUAAAAAAUACAAAUACAACCUUGUUUGAGAAUAAUAUUUGGUCAGGUGAUACAAUAAGUAUCUAAAAAUAAAUAAGAGUUACCUUAAUUGAUAAAUAAUAUUAGACUUUAAAUUUUUUAUUAUUAGCUUCUGAUAAUAUUUUAAAAAUUAAAAAGCUUGUCCAACAAAAAGAGGGUAUUGAUCCUUCAUAAUAAAAAAUCAUAUACUAUGGAAGAGUACUUUAGGAUUUUGAAAAAUUAAAUGAUUUCAAAUCAUCGUUGGGUCUAGAUUUUCUUUUAGACAUUAAUAAAACUACUAUCAAUCUCUUUAACUUAGAUGAAAAACCUUAAUGUAUAAAGCUGAAUCCAAACUUUACUUUUGAAAAUAUCAUACAUUAAAUUUAAUAUCAUUUCGAUAUUCCCUAUAAUUUAAUAUCAUCAUUACUAAUAAACAACAAACCCCUUUUGAAUAAUUAAUAGAUUAAGAAUUUAGUUGAUAUUCAAACUGAAACCAUUAAUUUAGAAAUUAAAUUAUCUAGACCAGUAAUUUUGGCGAAAACCUUAUCAGGUAAAAUUAUAAUUGUAAAUCCGCAAGAGAAUAACACAAUACUACAUAUAAAGUAAUAAAUUGAAAAUAAAUAUAAUAUACUAAUAAGUCAUUAGCAUAUUUAUCAUAAAAUGAGUCUGUUGGAUAAUUUAAAGACUUUAUAAGAGAUUGGUAUCAAAUAAUUAGAUAUUUUAAAUAUCAAAUGCGACUUAGAUAUAGAAUUUCGUUAAGAAUUCAUAAUUUUAAUAUAACGAUUCCCUUCAGAUUCAGGAAAUUGCCAAUUAAAAAUUAAGCCUUAAUUAUCAAUCAUCAACUAAAUUUCAGAAUAAGAUAUCAAUCUGGAAGCUCAACUGAGUUCUAUCUUUUAUUAUGUAAAAGGAUUUCGGAUAAAACAAGGUUAAUGCUGCUCUGAUUUUAACUUGAAAGAAAAUGAUUUAAUCAACACGGGUUGUAAGUUUAGAGCCUGUUCAAAAUGGGAGUGA